AUGGGUAGCAGAUACAUACCUGGACUUGGUAUCUUCAAGAAAUUCUACUUCUUACCGAUACCAGAUCCAAAUGAGCAGCCAGUCACCCGUGUUCCAGAACAGGAUGAGGACGACUAUGUGCCUUUGCUUAUUGAUGGAAUCGAUAACAACAAGGUGGAUUGGCAUCUAGACUAUGACAAAGUUCGAGAGCUUGUUGGUGAUGUGGUCGAUGACAUGCAGGAGUUUGAAGAACAUCCUGAAACAGAAGCCUCUGUGGCGUACACAGAUGGAGAGCAAGAUGCGCAGCAACAAGAGCAAGUAUGUGUUUGACG